AGCUCAUCAGAAAACCCAAGGAGGAAUACAACUCGAGAAAUUCUGUUCUCUAACUACGACAAAGACGUUAGACCAAAUCAAGGAGGUAGCUAUAUUCGUUUUGUUCAUCAAGAUUAUAGGAGAUUAAAUGUUCCUCUUAAAUUAUUCUACUUGUUUCCCCUUAACAUAAUUGCCACUCAAAAUAUUUUGCUUGUUACAUAUUAAAUGUUAACAGGCCUGUGCAAUAUGAAGAGGGAGUGAAGUGAUUAUUUCAUCCGCCAAUUGUAUGAAGUUGCCAUAGGUGGGAAAACUCCCGAGAAGAGGUAGAAAAAGGUACUAAUGGCCGCCCAAUGGCGAGGCCGGAAACCCUAGGGAAAACACGCGGCUUAUAGGAAAUAAAGCUUCCGUAAAUAAUAUUUAACGAAUUAUCAAAUGAAAUAUAUUUACUCAAGGACAUUGCAUCACUUAUCUAGACUGAAAAGAGGUACUUCUUUCGGAGUGCAGCUUCAAUGGGUAGGCCAUUAUAAGGAGCAACAUAGAGUUCUAAACUGAUGACGUCAUAAAAAUUAAAUUUGGGAAAAUAUAGUAUUUGUCAGGAUUUUCUGAAAGGACAACAUCCAAGAGGCCUACUUGCCAAAAUCAAGCUUUGUGGGGCAAGUUGUCUCUGAGAUAUUAGCCCAGUAAUGCAUUGAUGACUCCAUACAAAUCCUUCUAAAGUUGACUUGGGUCUAAACAUUUGGCAAGUAGGAUUCUUGGAUGUUGUCCUUUUAGAAUAUCCUGACAAAUCCCACAAUUUCACAAAUUUAAUUUUUAUGACAUCAUCACUUUUGAACUCUAUUGUGGUGGUUUUGGGGGCUGGGGCUAAUUGGUCACGUGUUCCUGAUUUAUUCACAUGCCAAACUGAAGAUCUUAACUAGAGACCUUUAGCAUCAGGCAAACCACAAACCACAGUUACGCGUUUGCAGUUUCGCGUUGCCGAGAUUUCAAACUUUAGCAAGGCUUUCAAGAAUACAUAUAGGAAUUGUAAGUUUGCAAGGGAGCCAAGAAGGAAGCAGAACGCUUUAUGAAGCCUGGGCUCCUCAGUCUAAAAGAGAUAAGCAAAAUAAAAUGAAAUUCGCGGAGUGAUACGGACUGAGUUAAGUUAUGGAUUCAGUAACAAGAUAGAAAAAAAAAAAUUAACUCUGGAUUGGAACAGAAUACUUUCUUUUGUUAGUACGGCAGAAAGGAAUAUAAAAUUGAUUUGAACUAGACGUUCAUUGUUUAGGGCCGCCAUGUUGUUUUCAUCAAGUCAAAGUGCAUCAGUUUACAGUCGCCCAAAAAUCAGCAAUAAUUCAUUGAUUCGAGAUCAAAAGUCCAACAAACACAUCGCAAACGGAUAUAAAAAUUUUGAUCAUUCCUUUAAACGCGAGGCUGUAAAAUUUUUUUGUGGCAAAAAACCUUGCCAUAAAUCACUGACCGCUGGAAGCUCUUCCUGCGGUUCAAACGUGAACUGCAAACUGCAAACGUGACCGCAAAGCCGUGGUCACGUGACAUUUUGCGGUUUGCGGUUUGCAGUUUCCCAUGAAAAAACCGGAUGCUAAAGGUCCCUACUGUACCUCUAUACCCCAGAGGGUCUACCUAAUCAUAACUGAACAUGUUUGUGUUACAGUUGCUCCACUCACAGUGGAACUUGAUCUGUACGUUGAAUCAUUUGCUAACAUUGCUGAAGCCAACAUG